AUGGACAGUUAUGGCUGGAUCGCCGCUACCAUCGGAUGGGCCUUGUGGUUCUUCACACUGAUCCUUCUCUGCAUCUGUAAGGUUAUGGACCUCCGUCCGAAUGAGCCCAAAUACCUCCAGGCCUGA